ACUAUUAUCAACUAAGCUAUAUCUAGUGUCGUUUCGUUCCAUGUAUUUUCGAUAUUGAUGUUAAUAUAUACUAAAAUUGUAUGUAUUUGUUUAAGGUAAAAACUGCUUAUCAUGGAUUUUAAAGAAAAACGAAAGAUGUUCGAGAAGCAGGGAAGCAAAGCUCCGAUACCACAACAAGAGGCACGUGGUAAUAAAACGGCCGGUGCCAAUGCUGUUAAUGUAAAGCUUGCAGACAAGUACAAACUCUCAAUAUUCAAGAAACCAUUACCACUUAUCGUCAAAAAAGAUGAUGGUGAAGGAAACGCACUGUCUUACAACCAUGAUACCCUUGAGGAACUUAGCCAAAUUGAGGAGCCAUUAUGUGUCAUAGCUGUUGCUGGAUGUCUGAGGACUGGAAAAUCGUACCUUCUUAGUCGCCUUGUACAGAAGUGUGGCCUUUUAGGAGAGUCCUUUACUGUUGGGCACUCAGUAAAGGCACAGACUCAAGGAAUAUGGAUCAUGUGCAGACCUCAUCCGACUCAAGAAGGAAAGGUCAUUGUUUUUCUUGAUACGGAAGGAAUCGAUGAUCCAGAAAAGGUUGAAAUUCAAGAAGACACUUGGAUAUUCCUUAUUGCAACGUUGCUGUGCAAUGUCCUCGUCUACAAUACAAAAGGCGUCUUUGAUGCAUCACACAUCAGCAAGUUCCAAUUUCUUAAAGUGGUUCAAAAUAACGUGACGGUUGCAAAAGGUGCAAGUGAGGACGACAGUUUUCUUGAUUUCUUCUUUCCAAAUUUCGUUCUGGUUUUACGAGACUUUACACUGAUUUCGGAAACAUCUUCUGAGAAAAUCCUUGAAAAACGAUUAGUGUACAAGACGGGGAAAAGGGACAGUGUAAAAGAUUACAACGAACCAAGGCGCCUUAUUCGAAGAUAUUUCAAGAAAAGAACAUGCUUUGAAAUCCCAAUCCCAUGCACAAAGCCCGAACAAUUGGAAUCAAUGCCGGAUUCUAAGAUUGAGAAAGACUUUUUGCAACGUAUGAGCGACUUGCACCAAUACCUUUGUGAAUGUAGCCCAAAAAAACUCAUAUCAGGAAAGCCGUUAAACGGAAGAAUGCUGAGAACGAUGAUCAUAAGCUACAUGAAUUCCGUACAGGAAAACACGGCACCGUGUUUAAACGAUGCUAUGAAACUGAUGGCAGAAGAAGAAAAUCAGUUUGCUGUAAGAAAAGCGUCAGAAUGCUACCAAGAAGAAAUGAAGAAAAGGAUUAACAAACACAUGCCAAAUGAGAAAGGGCUUGAGAGAUAUCACAAUGAUUGCAUGGAUGUUGCUGUCAAGAAAUUAAAAGAAUUAGUUGUGUUAGAUGACGGAGAUAUAUUUCACGGAAGAGCGGCAGAAUGUUUCGAAGAUAAUUUGCAACGAUUCAAAUCAAUCAUAGAUAGAGACUCCCUUGCCAAAUGCAAAAGGUCUCUAGACAAGCUUGAUAUGAAAAUUCAACGGAAAAUCAGAGAAAACAAGUAUGCUCAUUCGCAUGGUUACAGCGAAUACAUUGAAGACAUCAAUACACUUGUUGAUGAAUUCACAAAGCAAGAACGCUAUCUUGGAUCAAAGACAAGAGCUGCCUUGCAGGGAUAUAUUGAUGCAAAGGUCGAAGAAGAGCAACUCGUAUACGAAAUGGUUAAGGACAAAAUUGAUGCUGAAGCUAAACGUCAGUUACAUCGGCUUUCAAGUGGAUCAGUCCCGAUUCCAAAGAAAUUUGCAAAUAUUACAGAAGGGGAACAGCCAGCUGAACAGAAGGCACGAGAAUCUAUUAAAAAGUUAGAAAUUGAUGGGCUUAUGAGUAUUGGAUCACAAUGCAUUGAGAACCUGGAAUUGAAAUUACAAGAAAUAGAGCAGGCUAAAGCCGAGUUGUCAGAAGACAACACAUACUACAAGCAACUUGUAGCAGAGUACGACAUCUGGAAUAAUAUUUACAAACAAGCGCAAUUCGCGAAGAAUCAAAACACAUCGAAGUCGAUCAAAAAGCCAAAAGAUGUUGAAAAACGACCGGAAAGAAGCUCUGAUGAUAAGGAACCAAGACUGAAAAAACGAUCUUCAGUAAACCCAAAAUGUCCAAUUCUUUAAAAACAAACCAACCUCUCACACACAUGUCAUAAUGACAUUACUAUAUAACGUGAACCUGUUAUAAGACAUUGUUUAACCCUAAUUGUCUACGGAAUUGAAAUGGUAUUUAAAUCACAAAAUACUACAGUGGUUACUAAUAGUGUUAUUCUUUAAGUAAGGGACAAAUAAUUCGACUACGGUUUCAUGAAUUUCGUUUCGUUGUGUUUUUAUUUAUACAAUGUGUAGUUCCUAUCCGCUUCUAUAUUAUUAACAAUUGUGAACAUUAUUUACACUAUAAUUGAACUAUAAUCGGAAGUUUUAACACCCUUAAUAUAUACAACAAAGGUGUGUGUGAUUCCGGUUGUAAGCUUUUAAGCUUUUUGGUAACAGUGUGUGCGAUUUAUUCGGAAAAAAGUGUGCAUGUGCUUUUGUUUAAAACGGUAUAAUGAUUUGAAAAACGGUAUGUGCAAAACAGUACGUGUUUUUGUAAGUAGUUGUUAUUUGCUUUUUUUGUGAAAAGCGUUUUUUAGCAAAAUAGUGUAUGUGCAAAAUGAUUUGUUCUUAUGAAGCAAAACGGUAUAUGUGCAAAACGGUAUGUUCUCUUGCAGCAAAAUGUUAUG